AUGGGGCUGGCAUAUGAUCGUCUGGCGGAGCAUGACGAAGACUAUGUAAAGAAGGAUGAGCCCCAGGUUCUGGAGAUCCCUCGCAAGCCUACAGACAAACCACCUUUCUACAGACAAAGGAAAAUGGCCCUUCUCCCAUUAGCUGCUGUAGCUUUGCUGCUCUCCCAGGCAACCUCCGGGCAGAGCGUGCCAAAGCCGCCUCGUCCUGAACCGAUCGACGUUGUUGAGCUUCCUCUCCCUCCCGUCAUCUCGAGUGAUACAGUUGGUGCGUGCACGAAGAAGGCCAAUCCCCGCCGAACUGGCUGCAUCGGUCAGGAUUUUGUCGACUUCCAAUCCGGCGACUUCACCCUGGACGGUGACCAUGUUGUCGUCAAUCUUGAGUUUAUCGGUGCCCCCAACGCUCCCGAUCCUGCGAGCAUCUACACCGGGGAGCAGCUCAUCCUUGUCAAGACCAACGGCAAGACGUUUCCAAACGGUGACCCGUGGAAAUGCCUAACCUGUGGCGUUCCUGCUGGCAAUGCUCAGUCCCUUGACCCCGAGCGGGACUAUCCACAUGUUGCUCGGAGUGGGACCAAAGCGCUCUGGGGUCAUAAUAUCAUUGACUGCGGGGAUGCCCUCUUAUCUAGCGAUGCUUGCACCCCGAACAAUACUUUCAUCUAUCCGAUCUUCUGGCCAGUGGCCGCAGACGGGUCCGGAGCCGGAGGUGUGCCGCGGGAGAUGCGGCUUCAUCCGGAUGAUAUCCACAUGGGAUGGAGCUCAUUCACUGCAAACGGUGGUCAGAAUACCUACUUUGGCCGGCUGGAAUUCAACCCGAAUCCGUCUUCCGGCGAUGUUCGAGCUCCACGCUAUGACCUUGUCGACGUCAAUCUACUCAUGGACACAACGGGACCUGCAUCUCUGAUGGUUAACGACCAGGGGGAGCUUGAGCAACACCCUGAAGCCAUUCGGGUUGGCGAGCUACGAGGGUUCAGUGGCGCUGGGGAUGAGAUCCUGUAUAUUGGGCCUACUCGUGAGGCCAACAACCACGACAUCUUCGCAGUUCACGUUGUCACCGGCAAAGUCCGUCGCAUAACCAGUCACCCUGAAUACGCCGACCCGGUCGCGUUUUCGCACGACAACAACUGGUUCUGCGUCAUGGAUACCCGAGGCUCAGACCGUCAGAUGUGGAUGGCUGGGAUGCGAGGCAUUCCGCCGCUUAUUGAUGGAGUGACAGUCAUGGCGGCUGCCUCGACCCGAAACAACUAUCACCGCCGCUUCUUCCAGCCCAUCCUGAUCGACCGAUAUGGCGACCGAGGGGGUUACUUUGGCCAGCAAGUCAAUGCCGGGAGUGAUCCCAACUGGAACGGCCGUGCAGAUCCGGCAUUCUCCUACGACGGCACGAAGAUUGUCUACUGGCAGGCUCUGGUCACUGCACCCGCAUGCGGCGGUGUGAACCCGCUCCCCUGUCCGACCUCGACUGCCCAAGGAGGCCGUGUGUACCGUGUCAUGCUUGCUCGGCUGAAGAACCGAAAACCUACCCAGCCAGCCCCGGUCUUUGACGUUCCCGACUUCAUCCCGUGGGCUAUCCCAUUCCCACCUGGUUCAGAGUACCCAGAAGAGUACGCCCUUCCCCCGGGGACGUAUACCCUCAGAGGCAGAGUCAGCGGCACUGCCAACGCGACGUUUGUGGAAAACCCAAGCACUGGCGCCCUCACGACCAUCUCCGUCGAGUACGACAACUACUCUGAUGACGGUGAACAUGUUAUCAACGGGGUUGAGUCUGUGACCUCCACGCCCAAUCCGACAAACCCAUGGAUGAGCCACGUGGACUGGACUUCUGACUUGGUCGGUACGGGGGUUGUCCGUGCGACGAAGAAGACAGGACCGGGAGGGUUCCAGCUAUCGAUCGAUGCGAUGACGAACGUCUUCAAUGCGAAUGGGACAUUGACCACAACAAUUGACGGGGUCGUUUACAGGCAGCCGGCGAACGGGGCGUAG